AUGUACGGGGAGGCAGCGGCGCAUCAGCUCGGAUCAGCAAACAUCACGUCGCCCAUCUUCACGCGUCGAGACAUCUCCAAUCAGACGCCCGACCGCUCCCGAGUCUACUCCCCGUCGCGUACUGCCAGCAGCACCUCGGGCAUCGUGCGCACACUUGCGCCUGCCCUCUGUCCCUCUCUCCAGCAACUGCAGGCCACACGACUGUCGGCUGUAGUUGCCCAGGCCGAGAGCCCGUCCCACGCCCGCCCCACUGUCGAUUCACGAGCUUGA